CCACCCAAUGAGAAUUGAUUAUGCCUAAUAAGCACGAUAAGCCAUCAAGUUCUGACACUUAAAAACUAACAAACAGGUUCUGAUUCUGAUUCAUUUGUUUCAUUGAUAUCGAAAAUGGCGAGGAAGAAGAUAAGAGAGUACCAGUCGAAGAGGCUGCUGAAGGAGCACCUUAAACGACUUUGCUCCAUUGAACUUGAUAUUCAAUCAGUUCAGGUGACAGAAUCAACAGACCUGACUGAGUUGACGAACCAACACCCAUGGCUUUCCUCCACCAAAUUGGUUGUGAAGCCAGAUAUGCUGUUUGGGAAGCGUGGAAAGAGUGGCUUAGUGGCUCUCAAUUUAGACAUAGCUCAAGUAUCAGAGUUUGUCAAAGCACGUUUUGGCGUUGAGGUUGAGAUGGGUGGUUGCAAGGCACCUAUAACUAAUUUCAUUGUUGAACCGUUUGUUCCUCACGAUCAAGAGUAUUAUCUGUCCGUUGUUUCUGAAAGGCUCGGUUCUACCAUCAGUUUUUCAGAGUGCGGGGGCAUAGAAAUUGAAGAGAAUUGGGAUAAGGUUAAAACUGUGUUCCUUCCCACCGAGAAACCUAUGACUCUGGAGGCUUGUGCGCCGCUGAUUGCUACACUUUCUUUGGAGAUUCGAGGGAAAAUUGGCGAUUUCAUAAUGGGUGUGUUUGCUGUCUUCCAAGAUCUGGACUUCAGUUUUCUAGAGAUGAAUCCAUUUACACUGGUGAAUGAGAAGCCAUAUCCAUUGGAUAUGAGAGGGGAAUUAGAUGACACUGCUGCAUUCAAGAAUUUCAACAAGUGGGGAAAUAUAGACUUUCCUUUGCCUUUUGGAAGAGUUCUGAGCCCUACAGAAAGCUUCAUUCAUUCCUUGGAUGAUAAGACAAGUGCUUCUUUGAAAUUUACUGUAUUAAACCCAAAAGGACGCAUCUGGACAAUGGUAGCUGGAGGUGGUGCAAGCGUUAUCUAUGCUGAUACUGUUGGAGAUUUAGGCUAUGCAUCAGAGCUUGGCAACUAUGCUGAGUAUAGUGGAGCUCCAAAUGAGGAAGAGGUUUUGCAGUAUGCAAGAGUCGUAAUUGAUUGUGCUACAGCUGAUCCUGAUGGCCGUAAGAGAGCCCUUCUUAUUGGAGGUGGCAUUGCAAACUUCACUGACGUUGCUGCCACAUUCAGUGGGAUUAUUAGAACCCUGAAAGAGAAGGAAUCAAAGCUUAAAGCAGCACGAAUGCACAUUUACGUCAGAAGAGGCGGUCCAAACUAUCAGACUGGUUUGGCAAAGAUGCGUGCAUUGGGGGAGGAAUUGGGAGUACCAAUUCAGGUUUAUGGACCGGAGGCCACAAUGACUGGCAUCUGUAAACAGGCUAUCGAUUGCAUCACGUCUGAAACAUAAAGCAGAAUUCUUUCUCACCUGUGUCAUCAUGUUUCAUUUCUGAAACUAAUUUGAUGGUGUUUUGAUGAAUAUAAGUCUGUACCAGGCAAGGGGGAAUAAGAUCGAAGAGAAGUAGAUAGACGUCGCGAGCCUGACAGAGUUAUUUUCUUCUCUUUUCUUCCCAUUGUCAUUUUUUGUUUUAUUUUGACCGCAAUAUGGUCAUAACAUUAUAAAAAUCUCCAAAAAAAUAUGUGAAAAAUGUAAUCUUAGUUGACCGUAUUUUCUUUGAAGUGUUAAAUGCCAUGAUUGAUUUUCUGUUUAUAGAUUUUGCGUUGAUGUCAUGGACACAUAUAUAUGUGCAGAGAGAGAUGAGCUUUCUUAGGUCAUUGUCAAGAACCAACGCUUUCCAAAAGCUUAACUUGUGGAAUAGUUAACUAAUGACUUAAUAUUAAAGCUUCUUGAUAGAUGGUUUGAAGUUUGAUCUUUUUUGUCCACAUUCUUUAAGAUACCGAGUUAAAUUUGUCACAGGGUUAGA